AUGCCCAAGCUGGAAGCUGCCGUGGACUCCAUCUCCUUGGAAAGCAAGCCCACUCCUACCUCGCAUGAUCGUCGAUUCAUGGUCGAAAGAUAUCCAAAGAACUUCUCCAUGUUUGAAGUCGAAGCCAAAGUCGGCAACUGGACUUAUCUCGCCUGUCCAGAUUCCCCCGUUAUCUGCGAGGAUUGCAAGAACCACCCGGGACACGUUGACUGCAUCGUCGUCGCCAUCGACAGUAUACACCCAAACAUCCCGCAGGUGAACAAGAAAAUCUCGAUCGCAGUCUUCUACGGGCAUGAAAAUCUGCAUAACUUUGCCAGCACUUUCGAAGAGGAACACCCCACGGCCCAGGUUGCUUCGCUGAAGGCGUGCUCGGCGGCAUUGGCUCGUACCUUGAUGCUUCAAAUGAUGUGGAAGUCGGAAAAGGCCGCCGACAUCAAUGGGAAGAAGAAGUCUUGGCCUUUACACACCCUUGUCAUCAAGUCUGAUUCCGAGUAUCUUGUCAAGGGUGUUACGGAAUGGUUGCCGAAGUGGAAGAGCAAUGGCUGGAAGAACUGUAAGGGUCAGGCCGUCGCGAACGAAAGUACCUGGCGACUGAUUGACAGUAUGAUCGAGGAGCUAGGAAACAAAACCACGGUCGAGUUCUGGCUGGUGAACAAGGAGAUGAACGAAAAAGCUCACGCGCUGGCUGUUUUUGCCGCGGAGCAGUUUUAA